CUUGUGAGGAGGAAUGCUUUGCACCUUUAAGAGCUCUGUGCCAAAUCCUCCACACAAGGCGGUCCGUUGGAAUGCACUUCCACUCAUGCACAUAACAUCUGCUGACAACAUACCUGACCUCCUGAGGCAAGUGGUACUUUUUAUGACAUCCCUGAGCACUGCGAUAAGCGGACAACAUGAAGACCAAAUCUCUUCCGUUGAGGUUGUUUGAUAGAAAUACAGCCUCAGGUGACACUCUCAAUGUACAAGCAGCAAAAUAUCAGCAACAUGUGGAUCACCAGGAGAGCCCGGAUCACUCUGGACACAACGACAGCCGAACAGUGGGUGACAACAGACAAAAUGAGAAGAGCCAUCGAGGAGUUCAUUUUGCAUUUCUGCCAGAGACGUAUGAGCCGCUGGUAGAUGAGGAGGAGCAAGACGAGGCAAAAGAAGAGAAGAAGAAAAGGAAGAAAGAAAUGUACAAAAAAGUCAGGAAGAAUGUUGGCAAGGCUCUGCGCUCCACCUGGAAGUGUCUAAUGCUCGGUCUGUACAAUUUUGCCCUGGGCUACUCUACUCCGAUCACAGUGGCUGCUACUUUUGUCCCUGAUUUCCACCACGGCAGGAACAAGCCCUGAGCCUCCACUUUUUUUUUUUUUAGCUGUACAUACCAGUGAACCAACGGACACAAGACUUUUCAUAUGUGUAUAAUAUUUGUGUAUGAGAAUGUAUUUUGUUACUAAACAUUUUAAUUACAAUAAGCAUGUUUGCUGUAGGAUCUGAAAAAAAUAUACUUUUGUAAGACAGGCCUUUUUUACCACAUUGGAAAAAAACUGGUGUUUCUAAUAAGACACAGUGUACUAAUCAACUGUCAUCAUGUAUUUCUUUAUUUAAACCUGUACAUGUGUGACAUGUCGGUGUUAACAAUCCUAAUGUCAUAAUAUGGCACACUAAGCUUUGCAAGAUGUGCACACACUGUAAACCCCAACAGUACUACUAACUCAUAAGUAUUAUGGGUACUGCAAUCAAAACCAAAUAUCAAGUCAACCG